UCCACCAGCCAUGAAACGAGUCUGUCUCGCGGGGGUGACCCCUGGUAUCUUGCACGGUGCAUUCUUUUCUCUUGCCACAACGAGCAACAGCGUUCGAAUCGAGCACCAAGCAACCCCGAGGCUCGGCCCGGGCAACACAGCACCGUACGAGUACGCAGCGAGAUAAAACAACAAUCAUGAAGGAACACCGCACCAAGCUGCGGCCGUCGCAACGACAAACACACAAACUACAACGAAUCGAAAUCAUGGACGAAACAGCCAUCCCAUCGAUCUGGAACACACCACCGAGCCACGGGCACGGCGGCAGCGGCAACACAGCCCGGGGCAGCGGGCGCAAGGGGCGAACCGGCGAGCAAGAGGUCGCAAGAGCGACCCUCCGACAGAGGGCCCGCGGCCGUGGCCGGUCCCUCGGCGACUGGGUCCGGAGGCUCGCCCGCGGAAGGUUCAGGGGCGAACACCGAAAACGGAAAGUGCCACGGGGGCAGCCACCCCCAAAGAGCCACCGCCGCGAACCGUCUCCGGGCACGGGCAGCGGGGGCCUGCGCGUCCCGGCAGCAGCACCGGCACCGAAGGGCACCGAACGGGUCUACUUGCUCCCACCCAAGGCCCGGCCCUGGCCGAGGCUGCGGGCACCCCCCAAGCCGGCGCCGGAAGGGGACGGGUCUCCCCUCUGGCGGAAGCGCUCUUGCUCUUUUUCGUGCUCGGGGCACGCCGGCGAUGGCGAUGGCGAUGGCGAUGGCGAUGCGCCGGCCCUUUCGUGGACGGAACCGUCGGAGCGAGAGCUCGCGCUGGCGUGCCUGGUGAUGGAGCGGGCCUUUCUCGCGGGAGGCAGCGGCGGCGGCGGCAGCAGCAGCAGCGGCCUCUGGGCGCUCCCGUGUGCCUCUGGGACCACCGUGCUCCGCAGCGAACGAAACGGGGCUGCCGACCACCGGGGGGCUGCGGCAGCCCGCACAGCGAAACGAAUGCGGUAGUGCUGUACUAUUGUUCUGUGCUGUGCUGUACGCUCCAUUCACGAUUCUCGACCAUCUGGCAGCAGGCAUCCUGUCUCCAAUUUCUGUGCUGUUUUCUCUCGGAACAAUCCUUCUCGAAUCAGGUAUAGAUCUUACUUCACGGUCCAACCGCCGGCACUGUAACAGUACAAUAAACUUCUCAAUACAUG